AUGAAGUCCACCAUUAUUCACGCUGCUGUUAUGAUCUUGUUUGGUACUGCGUCGGCUGUUGAACUAGCCUGCUACGGCACUGGAGUCCCCUCGGCUAUCAGAAAGGGCGAUGUCGAGUACGCCAUCAAGAAUCGGUCCGACGAACUAGGGAUUCCUGGAGGCACCAAGUUUUCGCUCCGUUGGAAAACUUGUACCGAUCCUGAGAACAGUCCUAAGGACGUUGCUUUUAUUACAACACCCAGCAUUACUCGAGAAGGUUCUACUAAGUUGGCCAAUGGCGUCGUAGCGUGCAGCUUAGAUUCACCCCCAGAUUCUGACUGUUAG